AUGGUGACUGACAUCGAUGAGUUCACCGGCGACACCGCGUUCAUGUUGGAGCAACAUCGAAUGAUGAACGAUAUAAUGGUUCAAAUGCAUGAGUCUCUUCACGUUUCCGAUGACGAUGAUCGCUUACUUCUUGAGCUCACUUCUAAUCCUCAUGUGAUGGAAGAGCAAGUGAAGCCGAAAAAGGACGAUCUUCCGACUACCUCAGCAUCCAUUUAUGGCAAUGAAUCAGUUUAUGAGGGCAAGCCGAUAACCAAGACUGAGGUUAUUGAUGUUCUUGACAGAACAGUUCAUGGAAUUCGAUAUAACGGAGGACCCGAUUUGGCUCACCGUGAAUAUCUCGAAUUGACUGAUUCCGACAACUUUCCUAAUGAUAUUGAUGGCAACAAAAAAAUGGCAUCUUCUGAGAAGAAAGACGACGGAAAUGCCGAAUAA